CGGCUGCGGUGGGCUCCGCGGGCGGCGCUCGGGUGCCCUUCCCGAGGACCCCCGCGCAGCGCAAGGGUUGGCACCCAGCCCCCAGCCUGUGAACGAUGCCCAGGGGACGAGCCUGGACCCAGCAAGAGAUCAGCUGCCUCCUGGCUCUCAUCAAGAGCUCCGGGGAGGUGACGCUCCUGAUGGCCUCCACGUCUCGGCCCAACGAGGCCCUGUGGCGGGAGAUCUCCCAGGGGCUGGCAGCUGCUGGCUACAGCCGCAACGUGGCGCAGUGCCGCUCCAAGUGGAAGGCGCUCAAGCAGGCCUUCUACUCGGAGUGGGAGACCUGCCGGCAGGCCGGCGGCCACUCGCCACGCUUGCCGCCGCACUACAAGACCAUGAAAAAGAUCUGGAAGGCGGCAGGACGACCCGUCUUUGGGGAGCGGCGCCUCCCAGGGCAUGUCCUCCACCCGGAAAUCCCGAGCAGGCCACCGUCUGCACUGGGGCAGUGCACCAAGAGCGAGCUGGGGAGCCCUCACAUGGCCAAGGCAUCCCAGGUGCAGACAGCUCCCUCUCCUGUACCAAUUCUCGUUGCAGACGCCGGGCCCCCGUUCGCUCCCCUCCCCACCUUUGACUAUCACCCGGCCUUCGCUGCCUCCCCACCCAUGAAGCAGGAGAGUGCGGAACGGGAGGCUGACUCUCCUGAGGCGUGCCAGGCGCCCGCAGGGCAGGGGGCAGGGGAGCAGGUGCUGCCAGUCACCGUUGGAGACCAGGGCUCACCUGAGACAACACCUGGCGGUGAGCACCCCGUGCUGGGUGACCAGUCCUCGGCUACAGACCUACAAGGCCCCAGCGUGGUGAGCCUGCUGCAGAGCAUGCAGCAGCUCCUGGUGCAGAUCCUCCACACCUCGCAGCAGCAGCAGGUGCUGCUGGAGAGCCUGGCCAGCGACACUGUCUCCCACCUCCACCUCAUCUCCGACAACCUGGUGCAGGUGGGCGAGACCCUGCACGAGCUGCUGCUCCAGGCUCACGCCCGCUCCACUGACCUGCCCACCCCACUCAGCCACUACGCCAGCCACACGCCCCCCCUUCUGCCCACGGUGCCCCACUGGCCCUGCACCCCCAACCCCCCUCCCAAUUCCCCCUACCACAAAGAGGAGCCUGUGGUGUCAUCUGCCUCCGGAUUCCAGCCCCACCAGCUGGCCCCCCCGUGAGACCCCUGCAGAGACUCGGUGCACACAGCAGGGGGCUGUGGGGUGCCUACCUCUUUGUAAACGUGGACAGUGGUGCAGAAUUUUAC